AUGAACCUCACAGCCACUGAAGGACAGACCGUCACGCUGCCAUGUCGAGCUCCAAACAACAAGCUUCUCGUAGCUAUAGAGUGGAGCAGACCUGACCUGAAGCAACAGUAUGUUUACCUGUCUGUGGACGAUCACACUGAACGACUGAACCAGCAUCCAUCUUUCAAGGACCGGGUGAUUCUGCUGGACAGACAGAUGAAGGAUGGAGACGUGUCUUUGGUUCUGAUCAAUGUGACCACUGAUGACACUGGAACAUACGAGUGUCGUGUCGAGACAAGAACAAACAGCAGGAGAGCCACUUUGGAUGCUGCUCCCAUCAGCAUCAUCUACCUGAGAGUUGAUCCUCCAGGUCAGCCUGGAGGGUCUGCUGGACCGACAGCUGGUCUGUCAGCGAUCGUGUGCUUGUUGCUGUUGUUAUUUUGAUCUACAGAAAAUGAAAACAGAAACAGAAGCAUGGAGCAUUUUCUAAGAAUAAGAAGAAUUUCUGUUCCCAGCUGCGCAACUAAAUAUAUCCGACAUCUUGACAGGCUGGGUUCAGUGCUGUAGUUUGGCUUCAUUGUCACGUGUACUCUCACUUCUGGCUUUCAACAAAUAUCUU